GGUGUGCUCGUUUUCGCUUGUUCUUCGCAGUCAGCGGCUGAAGAUGUUAAGGCAGUAUAUAUACAGGGGAGAUUUCGAAGAUGAAGCAAAAGGCGUGUGCUAUCACAACUAUCUAGUUUUCCUAUCAGAACUUGCUUUUGAGUCCCAGUGUCACAUAUUCAGGACGGUACACGAUGAUGCUUGACAAAAGAUCCCCAUAUCAGGAGGGAAGCCUCUGGUACUAUGCGCCCAGCCAAGGAGCACCCAUUUCUUUUGCAAUAAUGUUCGCUGUCUCUGGAAUGGUACACAUUUACCAGUGUUGCCAAUACAAGUCAUGGAAAGUGACUGGACUCCUGCCCUGGUCUGCUCUUCUCUUCACAGCUGGGUUCAUAACGCGUACUAUCGGCGCCUUUGGACAGUGGGGGAAUGUGGGUAUCUACAUUGCAAGCACCGUUCUCUUGCUGGCUGCACCACCCGUCUAUGAGGGCGCCAACUACUUCACUCUGGGCCGCAUCCUUUACUACAUCCCAUAUCAUUCGCCAAUUCAUCCUGGGCGCGUUUUUACCACUUUUGUGGCGGUUGGUGUGGUGAUCGAAGCUAUCACCGGCAAUGGGGCUGCGCUAGUUGCCAAUUCCGAGGCGACUGAGGGUAAAAGGAAGACGGGAGAGGGACUGCUCAAAGCAGCUCUGAUCUUGCAACUUGUGUUGAUGGCAGUAUUUGUGGCCUUGGCUGCCAGAUUCCACUACAACUGUUCUCGUGGCGGCGUCUUGAACCACAAGAUCAAGCGGGCCUUGUACGUGCUGUAUUGCAGUUGUACCCUCAUCACUGUGCGCACGAUCUAUCGGACAGUGGAAUAUUUCAGCGCUGCGAGCCUCAAUGUCUAUAGUGGCAACCAGAUCAGCCCGAUUCUCAAGGAUGAAUGGUUUUUCUGGGUUUUUGAGGCUGUUGUCAUGUACCUCAACACCAUCUUGCUGAAUGUCUGCCAUCCGAUGCAAUGGCUUCCACGCUCCAACAAGAUAUAUCUCGCCACGGAUGGCGUUACCGAAAUCGAAGGGCCUGGUUACGACGAUCACCGACCAGUCAUCCUGACCCUUAUUGAUCCCUUCGACAUAGUUGGCCUGAUCAAGAACAAAGGUAGACAAGAGAAGUAUUGGGAAGCCGGGCCAGUCAGCAAACUUAACAAGGAUACGCCUGGAUCGUUUGCCGUGUAGCUGAGAGCGGGUUGGAAUAUAUGUACUUAGUUAUCCUUGAGCCAGGUCUGAGUGUGACGGCGUUUCGGUUAUAUAGUAUAGAAUAUUUGUCGUGAUUAUGAUGUUUAUAGAAUAUUUCUUAUUCAGCUCUGUUGAAGUAUCACAU